AUGCAGAAGCAAGAGGAGAGAAGUAGCAGCAAUUGGCGCGGCGGCGGCGAACAUGACCAAGAGAUACAAGUGCAGAAGGCAUCAGAUGAGGAAACGCGAUCUCAUCCUCCUCUGAUGGCGCUGAACCAUGUAUCCCGACUGUGCAGGGAUGUUCAGAAAUCGCUCGAUUUCUACACCAAAGUCCUUGGGAUGGUGUUGAUUGAGAGGCCGGAGGCUUUUAAGUUCGAUGGAGCGUGGCUCUACAAUUACGGCGUUGGGAUUCACUUGGUACAGGCUACAGACGAAGAUAGGUUGCCUGACAAAGACCGCGGCCUCGAUCCCAUGGAUAACCACAUCUCUUUCCAGUGUGAAGACAUGGAAGCUAUGGAAAGGAGACUGAAGGAGUUCAAUGUGGAGUACCUGAAGAGGACGAUAGAGGAAGAGAAUGGGACCAAGAUAGACCAAAUGUUCUUUGACGAUCCCGAUGGGUUCAUGAUCGAGAUAUGCAACUGCGAGAACCUGAAGCUUGUCCCUGCUGGCUCCUUGGCCAAAAUUAGGAUCCCCUUCGACCGACACACCCCUCCUCUUGACCUCAACGGCGGCCGUGGUCAUCGCCAACACGAGCACGCGGAUUAA